AUGAGUGUAUACAACCAUAUGAACAGGACAAAUGAAGAGUCUCUGAAGAGUGAAGGGCGCAUAUACCAACAUCUGGUGAACGUGGAAGGCGUUUUACAGCCUUUUCAGAUCUCCGAUACCGAAAUCCGAAUGCGUUAUGUACGACACGGAUCUCUCGAAAAGUACCUCAACGCAAACCAGGCUACGGUGGGCAAGGCACAGCUUCUGCGGUGGUUUCACGACGCCGCCACAAUCAUCUCCCGGGUUCAUGAGCGCCGAGUUCUGGUCGCUGAUAUUGCAGCACGGAAUUUCCUAGUCAACGAUGAUUUAACAAUUCUGCUCUGCGACUUCUCUGAAUCAGUUAUUGUACCAGAGGCCGAGAAUUUGGAUGCCUUCAUCUCGGAGGACUUCCUUUCCUUCAAGCUGGACAUUGCACGCUUUGGAUCGAUGAUAUACAAGACUGUCUCCGGCCAGCGAUAUGAAUUUUAUGUAGAUACUCGGAUUGAAACAGACUUGGAAGAUGGUGGAGCGAAGGCGUACAAGGAAUGGCCGACUGACGAGCAACUGCCUAACACUGAGGGUGUUUUCCUAGGCGACAUCAUUCGGAGAUGCUGGCUCAAGGAUGGUUUCUCCAAGAUGAAGGAGGUCUGUACCGCUUUGCAAUCCUUGUAA